UGCACCGCGCCGCACAGGGCGGAGCGGGGCGGGGGGUGGUCCCGAGGCCUCGGAGGAAGUAAAGGCAAAGCUAAACAAACGCUCCAGAGCUUUCGAGCGCUAGCUACCAUCGGAGCGCAGGACUACAUUUCCCAGCGGGCAUCGCGCUCGGAGUCCCUUACCCGUGGUUUGGGCGUCCCAAAUCGCAACCGGCGCGGGCUCUGCUUUGCAAAAUGUCCAACAAAGAAUCUUGUGGAAAAAAGGAGAAGUCUCGGAGAAAAGGCACCACCCCAUCAUCCAAUAUUGAUGAAGAUGAGAGAGAGAAAAAACCAUCAGUAAGUUCUACUAGUUCAACCUGCUCUAUAAGAUCAGUGUCGUCGGAGAAGAGAAAACUGAAAUCAGAUCCUGCAGAUAUUCUGUGCUGUAAUAUGAAAAGAAGACAAGAACUGAAAAGACUGAAUGUAGAAACUGACCCUCCAAGAAAGAGACCAAAAACUGGUUCUUCAUCCCAAGGACUUGUUACACUCCAGGAAACAUCAUAUUCAAAUAAUAAUCAGAUUAUUUCACAGAGUCCUUCUUCAAAUGGAACUAAAAAAGAUAUAAGUAAAUGUGUAGAUUUUCAAGUUAAAGAUAUUAAAUUGGCAAAUGUUAAGAGUAAGCUGGACCAUGGAAUUGAAAACUGUAGCUGUCCUAAGGUGGCCAAAGAUGAGAAACCAAAAGCUGAGGGCCAGACAAGUGAAGAAAAAGGGCCUCAUUUACUUGCUCAGAGGGAGAAGAUGAAGGAAUUCAAGAAAGGAAGGUACAAUAAAUUUAGAGACAGUUCUGAAAAAUGUGCUUCAGAGAAAUGCAAGAGAAUCCAACUUUCUCAGGAUUGUAAUUUCCACAAGAUAGUUAAGGAACCCCUUGAAUCUAGAAGGAGAAGGAUUAACUUCAAAAUCCCAGUAAAAUACCGCAGUACCCUCCAGAAUCUCGUACAAGAAAAUGUGUUCACUUUAGGUUCUAACAAGUUAAAGACUAAACAGAAGAAAAAAGAAUGCCCAGAAGGCUCCCAGUUUUCAUUAAAGUUUACAAGGCACAGAAGUGAAUAUUUAUUUUCUGAUUCCACAAAUAAGCAGACUGUCCAUGAGUGGGAAGGAGAAUAUCAUGAGCAUCAAGAAAUUAAUGAUUUAAGUUCUGGUGAAAACCUAACCCAGACUUUUGAAGCACCAUGUUCUUCAGUGUCACUUGAAAGUAUUCAAGAUACAGAUCAAGAGAUGCAGAUAGUAGAAGAGCUUCAUGCUGCUCGUGUGGGAAAAAGUGUGGAUUUACCUGUGGUUCCACCUUCAGGAGAGUUAAUGAGUAUGGAAAUUGACAUGGUAGAAGAUGAUACACGCUCCUCUGCUGGUAUACCCUCAAAUACUGCUUCAGACAAAAAGCUUCUAAUUGUUAUUGACACAAAUAUUCUAAUGAAUCAUCUCAAAUUUGUUAGACUUUUGAUGACAACAGAAAUCCCAGGCUUUGACAGACUGGUGUUAAUAAUUCCCUGGGUGGUUGUACAAGAGCUGGAUCGUAUGAAGGCAGGAAAAUUACUGAAACGUGCCCAGCACAAAGCUAUACCUGCAGUUCAUUUCAUCAAUGACAGUCUCAGAAAUCAAGAUAGGAAGCUAUGGGGUCAGUCAAUACAACUUGCAUCUCAAAAACUUUAUGGAUUGAGUGAUGAGAACAAUGAUGAUCGUGUAUUAAAAUGCUGUCUUCAGUACCAAGAACUAUUCCCUUGUUCUGUUGUUAUUUUGUGCACGGAUGAUAGAAAUUUAAGAAACAAAGGCCUAAUAAGUGGUGUGAAGUCACUCAGUAAAGAAGAAUUGAGUGCAGAGUUUUUAAACUUAUCUCUGAACACAGAUGUAUGUCAUCAGCCUUGUAUAUCUAAACAACAAUUGAAAGCAGAAAAAGCACCUUUGGAGGAGAGCUAUGAGGAAGAAUCUACAAACUCUGGACUACCCGUUCUACUUGAAAGCAUUGUAUCUGAUCUCGAAAGAUCUCUUGGAACAGCUUUAUCUUCAAUAUUAGAAACAGAAAUGAAAAUUGCUUUUGGAAACCUUUGGAUGGAGAUGCUGUACUUGAAACCUCCAUGGACUCUAAUACAUUUAUUACAGUGUUUUAGAAGACAUUGGUUGGCUGUAUUUGGAUUAGUUAUGGAAAAGGACUUGCUCUUAACCAUUGAGAGUCUAUAUGAAAAUCUCCGUAAAGCUAAUAAAGCAGUGGAUUUUACAACAAUGAAAUUCCUGCUUCAGGAUUCUAAAAGUUUGCUACAUGCUUUUAGUACGAGGUCAAAUUAUGAUGGUAUUCUUCCACAGGCCUUUGCUCAAGUGAACAAACUACUCCAAACAUUUGCAGAGGUCAAGCCAAAACUUAAGCAAAAUUCUUCACAAAAUACACCGGGUAAAGGCCAGGAAGAUAAUUCUCUGAUGAAAUCUGAUAACCAAGAAAUCACCGUUUUAUCCGGUUCUUAUCCUCCUCAAACCAGCAGGCAUCAAGAAAUUUGGUCUAUCCUAGAGAAUGUUUGGAUUACACUCUAUCAAAACAGCAUGGAUGUGUUUCAAAGGUUGGAUUCAAAUUCAACUCUGACGUCUUCAAAAAUAGCAUCAUUUGAAGAAGCAUUUAUAUAUCUUCAAAAGUUAAUGGCAGCUGUUAAAGAUAUUCUGGAAGGAAUUCAGAGGAUUUUGGCCCCCAACAGUAAUUAUCAGGAUAUUGAGACCCUCUAUAACUUCCUAAUCAAGUAUGAGGUAAAUAAAAAUGUCAAAUUUACUGCCCAGGAACUUUAUGAUUGCGUUUCACAGGCUGAGUAUCGGGAAAAGUUAAGCAUUGGAUGCCGCCAGCUGAUUGAGAUGGAAUAUACCAUGCAGCAGUGCAAUGCCUCUGUCUAUAUGGAGGCCAGAAACAGGGGAUGGUGUUAAGACAUGGUCAACGAUAGGACCUGAGUGCCGAUCUGUAACUUAGAAGGAACUGUAUUUGUCUUCAGAAACAACAGAGUACUUUUCAACCUUUUGUGCCAAACGCGAGAGGCUUGCAAGAAAUCUCAUAGGUAUAAAAAGAUGAUUGCCUAAUACUGACAAUCUCAUUGAGCUUCUGUUGCAUCCAUUGUGGAAUAAAUCAUGGACUCAACUCUUUAGAAGUUGACCUUAACUCCCUACCUCUACUCUUAAUACUGAGCCAACAUGACUAGGAAAGGAGAGCCAUCUUUACAUCUUAGGGCAAGAGCCACCGUGGCACCUGAGGAAGGCCAGGGCACAGAAUUCGCAUCUCCCUCAACCCCAGAUAUGGGUUCGUGACCAGAGACACAUUCAAACCUCAAGAAAGAAUUAGGGCCUGACCAUGCUCAUCAUAUUCCACAAGAGAAAUCUUACCCUGGGCUGUUUUCUGAUUGGACUGUCUUCCAUGUAGACCUGGUGAAGUAAUCACAUCCCUUUCACUUCCCCCAAGGUAAGGGAAGUAGAACUUUUACUUCAGCUCCACUCUGCAGUAGCCUCUUCUCUUCCCCACGCGUGUCACCCUUCAGUGAGUUUCUAAUGGGAAGAGCGGGCAGACCCCUCUCCCCAGUUUCCUCUGAAAUGUGAAGCAGCAUAGACUUAUGGGAUCAGGUGGUAGUGGCUGAUGUUUGCCCCUAGCUAAACCAAGUGUUUAAUUGACUUAUUUCGUUAUACCAUAAACUGGAAAUCCUUGUUUACUAAAGUAUAUUAUGCUGUUGUUAAUACAUUUGAGUAAAUAUGAUUUAGUAUUCUAUUACAAAUAUUAAUUUAUUUUUUUAAGCAAUAAAUUAUUUUUAGUGAU